UACACUCAUUCGUUUUUUAUUAACUUCUGUGUAAGAAAAGUUAUUUCCAAAACGCAUCUGCUACAGAAUAUAUGUAAAUCGUUGAGCACUUCAACGAUUUCACAACGCCUAUCUACUUCAGCUAUACAACUAGCAAAUAACAUAAAUAAGUAUAACAAAAUGGUUAUCCAACAUAAUGUUAAGGGUUAUGAGGAAUUCACUAAAUUGGUAGAGGAAUUGGAAACGAAUGCGGAAGGACAACCUAUACAUGUACUUUUUAGCGGUGGCAAGGAUGAGAAUGGUCAAAGCUGGUGCCCUUAUUGUGUGAAAGCUGAGCCGGUUGUUCAUGAUGCACUCGCGAAAGCCUCUGAAAAAUCCCAUUUCAUUCACGUGGAUGUUGGCGAGCGGGCAUAUUGGAAAGACUUGAAUUGUCCAUUCCGUAAGGAUCCCAAUACUCAUCUGAUAUUUUUGCCUACACUCUUACGUUGGAAAUCCCCGCAACGCUUGGAUGGUGAGCGCGUCAGCAACAAGGAUCUAGUGGAAAUGAUUUUCGAAGAUGAGGAUUAAAUACUACACUAAGCCUAUGCGACUAUUUAGCUUAUACUUACAAGCAAUUUGACACACCUGUAUAUUUAUAUCUAAAUUUGCAAGUUUGUGUUUAGGUAGUACUUGCGGCAAUAUUUCGUUAUGAACUUUUGAUGUUUAUGCAAGCACUAUUUCUUUAACUAUUGGAAUGUACAACUUUAUUUCUUUUCACCAUGUUUAAGCAACAUAUAAUUAUGUAUUUAAUUGAAGUUUGCAUUCAAUAAAUUAAUAAUUACUUUUAUA